GUUCGCGGCGACGCACGCGCCUGAUGCCCGUCUGCCGGCUCUGCUUUGCAGCUCGCUCAGGCCGCGUCGGCUCCGCACGGCUCCGCUCUCUUUUCCUGCGCCGUCCCCGGGCGUGAGAGGGGAACCGCCGACAUGGUGAAGGAGCAGUUCCGCGAGACCGACGUGGCCAAGAAGAUAAGCCACAUCUGCUUUGGGAUGAAGUCUCCAGAAGAGAUGCGACAGCAGGCUCACAUCCAGGUGGUUAGUAAAAACCUAUACAGUCAAGACAAUAAUCAUUCACCUCUGCAGUAUGGUGUACUGGACCAUCGAAUGGGUACAAGUGAGAAGGAUCGUCCAUGUGAAACUUGUGGAAAGAAUCUGGCGGAGUGUUUGGGUCACUAUGGCUACAUUGACCUGGAGUUGCCUUGUUUCCAUGUGGGGUACUUCAAAGCCGUGAUAGGCAUUUUGCAGAUGAUUUGUAAGACCUGUUGCCGUAUCAUGCUGACCUUCGAAGAACAGAAACAGUUUUUGGAUUAUCUGAAGAGACCUGGCUUGACCUACCUCCAGAAACGGGGUUUGAAAAAAAAGAUAUCUGAAAAGUGCAGAAAAAAGAACACCUGCCCAUAUUGUGGAGCUUUUAAUGGUACUGUAAAGAAGUGUGGCUUACUGAAGAUAAUCCAUGAGAAAUACAAGACAACGAAGAAGAUAGUGGACCCCAUUGUGUCUAACUUCAUACAGUCCUUUGACACCGCUAUAGAACAUAAUAAAGAGAUUGAAUCCCUACUGGGGAAAGCCCAGGAGAACUUGAAUCCUUUAGUAGUUUUAAAUAUCCUAAAGAGAAUUCCCGCAGAAGAUAUCCCUCUGCUUUUGAUGAACCCCGAAUCCGGCAAGCCUUCGGACUUGAUCCUGACACGACUCUUGGUCCCCCCGCUCUGCAUUAGGCCCUCUGUGGUGAGCGACUUAAAAUCCGGCACCAACGAGGAUGACUUAACGAUGAAGCUGACAGAAAUAAUUUUCCUCAAUGAUGUGAUCAAAAAGCAUAGAAUAUCAGGAGCCAAAACUCAGAUGAUAAUGGAGGACUGGGACUUCUUGCAGCUGCAAUGUGCUCUGUACAUCAAUAGUGAACUCUCUGGCAUUCCUCUCAACAUGGCACCCAAGAAGUGGACAAGAGGCUUUGUUCAAAGACUGAAGGGAAAGCAGGGUCGGUUUAGAGGAAACUUGUCUGGAAAGCGAGUGGACUUCUCGGGCAGAACGGUGAUCUCGCCUGACCCAAACCUGCGCAUUGAUGAAGUGGCUGUGCCUGUACAUGUUGCAAAAAUACUAACAUUUCCUGAGAAGGUGAAUAAAGCUAACAUUGACUUUAUGAGGAAACUUGUUCGGAAUGGUCCAGAGCUUCAUCCUGGGGCCAACUUCAUUCAGCAGAGGCACACACAGAUGAAAAGGUUUUUGAAAUAUGGAAAUCGUGAGAAGAUGGCUCAGGAACUGAAGUAUGGGGACAUUGUGGAGAGACACCUCAUAGAUGGCGAUAUAGUCCUGUUCAAUCGACAACCCUCUUUGCACAAGCUCAGCAUCAUGGCUCAUAUAGCUAGAGUAAAACCACACCGGACUUUCAGAUUUAAUGAAUGUGUCUGUACACCAUACAAUGCUGACUUUGAUGGUGAUGAGAUGAAUCUUCAUCUUCCUCAAACCGAAGAAGCCAAAGCAGAAGCCCUUGUUCUGAUGGGGACUAAAGCAAACUUGGUAACACCAAGAAACGGAGAGCCCCUUAUUGCUGCAAUUCAGGAUUUCCUUACAGGGGCUUACCUCCUCACCCUCAAGGACACUUUCUUCGAUCGAGCUAAAGCUUGUCAGAUUAUCGCUUCUAUUCUGGUUGGCAAGGAUGAGAAAAUAAAAGUUCGCCUCCCACCGCCAGCAAUUCUCAAGCCUGUUACCCUGUGGACAGGAAAGCAGGUCUUCGGUAUCAUUCUGAAGCCUAGUGACAGUUGUCCUGUUAAAGCCAACCUUCGAACCAAGGGCAAGCAGUAUUGUGGCAAGGGAGAAGACUUGUGCAGCAACGAUUCCUACGUUGCAAUCCACAAUAGUGAGUUGAUGGCUGGCAGCAUGGACAAAGGAACUUUAGGGUCUGGAUCCAAGAAUAAUAUCUUCUACAUUUUGCUGAGAGAUUGGGGACAAGUGGAGGCAGCUGAUGCGAUGUCACGGCUAGCCAGACUUGCUCCUGUCUACCUCUCUAAUCGAGGAUUUUCAAUUGGAAUUGGCGAUGUGACUCCAGGACAGGGGCUGCUGAAGGCAAAGUAUGAACUUCUGAAUGCUGGGUACAAGAAAUGUGAUGAAUAUAUUGACGCUUUGAAGACUGGCAAACUGCAGCAGCAACCUGGUUGUACAGCAGAAGAGACAUUGGAGGCGCUGAUUCUGAAAGAGCUGUCUGUGAUCAGAGACCAUGCUGGCAGUGCCUGCCUUCGAGAACUAGACAAGAGUAACAGCCCCCUCGUCAUGGCUCUUUGUGGUUCCAAAGGCUCCUUCAUUAACAUCUCCCAGAUGAUCGCUUGCGUAGGACAGCAGGCUAUCAGUGGCUCACGCGUGCCUGAUGGCUUUGAGAACCGAUCCUUGCCUCAUUUUAAGAAGCAUUCCAAGCUUCCAGCAGCGAAAGGUUUUGUUGCCAACAGCUUCUAUUCUGGCUUGACGCCCACUGAGUUUUUCUUCCACACCAUGGCUGGUCGAGAAGGCCUGGUUGAUACUGCUGUAAAAACAGCUGAAACGGGAUACAUGCAGAGACGACUGGUAAAAUCACUUGAGGAUCUGUGCUCACAGUAUGACCUGACUGUCAGGAGUUCUACCGGUGACAUCAUACAGUUCAUUUAUGGUGGAGAUGGCUUAGAUCCUGCAGCUAUGGAGGGAAAAGAUGAACCUCUGGAGUUCAAGCGUGUCCUGGACAACAUCAGAGCAGUGUAUCCAAGCCGAAGUGAGCCAGCACUUAGUAAAAAUGAAUUGGUGUUAACGGCUGAAUCCAUCAUGAAGAAGAACGAAUUCCUUUGCUGCCAGGACAGCUUCCUACAGGCGUUUACUGAAACAGGUUAUGCAGUGUACAAUGAGGAAAUUAAAAAAUUCAUCAAAGCUAUGUCCGAGAAGAUCAAGAAAACCAGGGACAAGUAUGGCAUUAAUGACAACGGCACAACAGAGCCGUAUGUUUUAUACCAAUUGGACCGGAUUACUCCAACCCAGCUGGAGAAGUUUCUAGAGACCUGUAGAGAGAAGUAUAUGAGGGCACAGAUGGAACCUGGCUCUGCAGUGGGAGCGCUGUGCGCUCAGAGUAUCGGAGAGCCUGGCACACAGAUGACUCUGAAAACUUUCCAUUUUGCUGGGGUUGCCUCAAUGAACAUCACACUAGGAGUGCCGAGAAUCAAAGAGAUCAUCAACGCCUCCAAAGCCAUCAGUACGCCAAUUAUCACAGCUCACCUUGACACGGACGAUGAUCCAGACUUUGCCCGUUUGGUUAAAGGAAGAAUAGAGAAGACACUACUGGGAGAGAUUUCGGAGUACAUUGAAGAAGUUUUCCUUCCUGAUGAUUGUUUCAUUCUUGUCAAGCUUUCAUUAGAGCGGAUUAGGCUGCUGAGGCUGGAAGUUAAUGCGGAGACUGUGCGGUAUUCUAUUUGUGUCUCGAAGCUGAGAGUGAAGCCUGGGGAUGUAGCUGUUCACGGUGAGGCCGUUGUCUGUGUUACUCCCCGAGAGAACAGCAAGAGUUCGAUGUACUAUGUCUUGCAGUCUCUGAAGGAAGAGCUACCAAAAGUGGUUGUGCAGGGUAUCCCGGAAGUGUCUCGUGCUGUCAUUCAUAUCGAUGAGCAGAGUGGGAAGGAGAAGUACAAGCUGCUGGUGGAAGGUGACAACCUGCGAGCUGUCAUGGCCACGCAUGGAGUCAAAGGAACAAGGACUACUUCGAACAACACUUACGAGGUCGAGAAAACCUUGGGCAUUGAGGCUGCCCGGACCACCAUCAUCAAUGAGAUUCAGUACACUAUGGUAAACCAUGGUAUGAGCAUUGACCGGAGGCAUGUGAUGCUGCUGUCUGACCUGAUGACAUACAAGGGUGAGGUUCUGGGGAUUACUCGGUUUGGCCUGGCAAAAAUGAAGGAGAGUGUAUUGAUGCUUGCUUCGUUUGAGAAGACAGCAGAUCACCUCUUCGACGCUGCAUAUUUUGGGCAGAAGGAUUCGGUGUGUGGCGUUUCUGAGUGCAUCAUUAUGGGUAUCCCAAUGAACAUUGGAACUGGACUUUUCAAGCUGCUGCAUAAAGCUGACAAGGAAGCAAACCCCCCAAGAAGGCCUUUAAUUUUUGACAACCCCGAUUUCCAUAUUUCCCUUACUACGUAGCAGAUGGAGAGCACCAAACAGCAAGCAGAUGGCAUAUUUUAAACUGGAGCUGCAUGCCUCUCCAAGUAGGGUUUGGAGGCUGGAUAAGUGAGAGAUCAUGAUGUGCGCAACUGAUCCACCACUGCUGCAGGCAUUUAUCUUUUGUGUACUUAAUCCGCAGUGAACUUCAGCUGACGGCGUUUGGUUUUUUAAAAGCAAUAAUUUCCCCUGCUACAUCAAAAACCUGUAACAUGGAUUGUGGGACACCAAAUCCCUAUGAAAGGGAAGGCGCUUAACGUUUUUGCCUGGAUUUCUGUCAGAAGCAUUAGCUAUAGUAAUAGGAAAGAUUUCUGCUGCCUCUACCAGCUGUGAUAAACAUCUGUCAGAGUGACCAGAGUAAUUUCCAGUUGGAUUGAUGUCGAAUAGAAGGAAGGUUGUGUUUGCUGUCAUAUGUAGUGCAUAUCCUUUUCUGUUAAAGUUUGAUUUCCAAGUACACUUUGUGUGGCAACUUCUUAGAAAAAAAGGGGGGAAAGUGGCCCGAGAAAUUUUGGGGGCAUUUCACACAACUCCAUUCCACAUAGAUUCCACCAGAGUAACUACAGUAAGAGAGAGGAAGACAGGGAGGUGGGAAUCAAAAUUGGCUCUGAAUGGUAGUGAAUUGAAUGGGGAGGAGCUAUUCCAUUUCAUUCUAGUAGACAUUCCUUGGGUAUGGGUUUACUCCCCAGAGCAAUUAUAUUCUGUAGGGAAGAAAGCUGCAAAACUCACUUUUGUAAUAUCUGACACUUUUUAUAUUGCUGCAUAUUGAAGAGUUUGUGAGUAAAGUUUUGAAAUAAAUGAAGGUACUUUGAACCCUUCAAUACUUUUAUAGCAAGUAACAUGAUGGGGGAAAACUAGAUGAGGAAAUGAAGGCAAUGCCCCCCCCCAAUUGUUUAAAUUAUCCCUUUUUGGUUCAUAUUGAUUCUUGCAUUUGCAUGUUGGUCCUAAACUACAUUGUUUAUCAGAGAGCAAAUGUUUAACUGAUUCGCAAUUAUAUCUGUGUGUGCUUGUUAGUAUCACCCCCAACAUAGGAAUUAAGGUCAUCUUCUGGGCUUGUUUGCUUUUUUGUUAAAGAAGAACAAUAGUGUACAGCAAAUUGCAUGAUUAUUUUUUGCUAGGCGGAAAGAAACAAAUUCUGAAUACAAAGAAAGAUAAUCUGAAAAAAUAGUGAAUAAUUUAUUUAUUUUUAAAAAAAUUGCUAAUGCAGCCAGAUUAGCAUUCAUGACCACUCAUUUGCUUAUUUUCUGGAUGCCUUUUUGAAGGUGAAGACUGUGAUGGAGACAGAACUUCAGAGCCUUCCAGAUAAAGCCAGACUAGAGUAGAAGCCAGUCCAGAAGAUGAUCCAGAUCUCUCCUACCAGUGUAUGAGUGUAACAACUCAUAAAAGCUCUGCUGAGCUGUUAAUAGCACCAUGGAGUACUAAAAGGUACAAAGCUGGAGUACUAACAAGAUGAUUCCCUUCCCCCCUUAAAUUUACUACAAGCUACUCUGUAUUUGGGAGGCUAUGGGGCAGCAACAACCACUGUGUGAUUGCAGUUUGUGCUUCGUAUGGCAGUUUGCAAAUUCUUCUUUGAGCCAGUAGUGGGUCGGAAUGUCAGAUCACUAUCCCGAGUUUUGUGGAUAAUGUUAUGGUACCACUGUACAAGACAAGUUGGUACUCAGAAUCCAGAAGCUUCCAAAAGGAAGUUCCCUUCCAAAAUGUGAAGAGUUUCAUGUAGCAUGAGAAAAUGUUGCUUUCUUAUACUGUACUGUAGAUGUGAAUAAAGAUAAUUUUUCAAGGUG